AAGGGGACUUUCAAAGUUUGAAAUAACAGUCCUUACUUCUGCCUUUAUAUAAAGGAAGUGUCUACUGGUGAAACCCACUUUGCUUUGCCUUCUGAAGGGACCUGCACAAAAACCUCUUUAUCGCUGAAGCAAGAUGAAACUCUUUAUCAUGGCAGCGCUGAUGGUCUCCUACGUGUCUGCAAGCAUUUAUGGAGAUGUCACAAAGAUCGACACGACUGGAGCGUCCGAACAAACAGCUCGCCAAGAUAAACUCACUGUGAAGGGGGUGGCUGCAUCAAAUAAACUGGCUGAAAAUGAUCUGAAGAGGAUGGGGCUGUACAAGAACAUCAUCAUUAAAGUUGGCAGAGCUAAGCAGAUGGACCCAGCUGUGAUCGCAGCUAUCAUAUCCAGGGAGUCGAGAGCUGGAGCAGCGCUUGUUGAUGGCUGGGGAGAUCACGGCAAUGGCUUUGGACUCAUGCAGGUUGACAAACGUUAUCAUAAACUGAGGGGAGCCUGGAACAGUGAGGAACAUGUCACACAAGGAACUGAGAUCCUGAUUGAUUCUAUAAAAGCGAUACAGAAAAAAUUCCCAACAUGGCCCAAGGAGCACCAGUUUAAAGGAGGAAUCUCAGCCUACAAUGCUGGAACAGGAAACGUUCGCACAUAUGAGGGCAUGGACAUUGGGACCACAGGAAAUGAUUAUUCCAACGAUGUUGUGGCCAGAGCUCAGUGGUUCAAACGCAAUGGCUACUGAGCAACAUUCACUUGUUUUUCUCCGUGUAACAAACUUGUGCAACUCUGAGUAUGUCCUAAUUUCACACUGAUUAUGGGUUGUGUUGUUAUGUGCUUGUUUUAAGACUCUGUAAUUGUUCCAAAUCAUCAAUCACAGUGCUGAUUACAGAAAUUAAAAGCAUUAGUGACAGA